GUGUGUCAAUAAACACAAUAUUGAUGUUUGCUCAAAAACAUCAACAAAAAACACAAAAAAAAAGCAAAAAAAAAAAGUAAAAUACUUUUAGUUUGUUACAAUUUAUUUUCAAGUCUAUAUGAAACUCACUGAAAGAGACCAAUCAUAUUGAGACAAGAGCUUUUACUCCCACUGAUUACAAGAAAUUCGACAUUUUUUUUGUAACUAUCACAGGACACAAUGCGUUGAAAAGGUCGACCUGUAGCUAAGAAUCUGCGCCACACACCGGGUGCGUUCAGAUAAGAACCAAAAUACCUGCAGAUUUGUACUUGAACUGUCAAAAGUGUAUGAAAACAGAGAAAUCACGUGAUUUUAAGCAUACAGCAUACUCUAUCUCACGCCUCCAGCCUCCGGGAAACCUGACAUCCACUUAAUUAAGAUAACGGACACGCAUUUCGCUCACUUUCAUCGCAAAAAACGAUAUGCCUUCUGCGACUCAGCGAUCAGUUUCCGAGGCAUUAGAUGUAAUAAAAGAAGAACAAGGUUCACACCAUUCCUCUGUCAACAUAAACAAUGUUAAAUCUGAGUGUGAGGAGUGUGUGUGUACGCAACUACCGUCUGUGUCGGCGGCGCAGGCGCCGCCGCCUGAAGACAUGGUCAAGAUGGCUGAAGUCGAAAAAAUGUUGAAAGAAAAAGAUGCAACGCUACGGAAGCAAUACGAACAGGAUUUGAAGGAUCAGAUUUCUCUGUUAAAGGAGAGAUUUGAUUUUAUUCUGCAAAAUGAACAAAUCCGAACAUCGUACAUGCUCCGUGAGGCGCACAGGGAACGCCAGGAGAAGAUAGUAGCGUUGCAAUCGCAACUGGAGUGCAAGAAUAUGGCGGGCUUGAUGUACGUCAUGUGCUCGGAGAGAAGGCGAGGGAAGUUGGAGAAACUCAGGAUCAUUGAAGAAUACACCGGCUACAUUCGCGAAUUACAAUCGAUACUGACGGAUGGACAGCAGUUGAUCCUCAACCUAUCACGAGGGUACAAAACAGCUACCAGGGUCGACCACGAGUGGCGGGAGAAGAUGAAGAAGAUUAUCAAAGAAUUCCAAGCCUACGUCGUGAACUACAACGGAGGAACCGCGGAGACGAACCAAUACAUUUUCGACCUGCCUGGCCUGCUCAAGACCGAAGCCCCAUUGCAGGACAACCCUAAGGAAGACCCGUGUGAAGCUGAGGAGGAAGAGGCGCCGUUUGUGGAUGAAGAGGUCCCCUGGUGGGAACAGCUGCAGAGCGAAUGUCGGCCGUUCAUCAUGUUCGGAGACCUGGCUGAAUUCACUCCUCCCCAGCGGAGGGAGACCCUCAAAGCUGUGAAGGCCCCCAAGACUGCGCCCAAGAAGUGGAAGCAUUAUAUGUUCAACGAGAUGUAUCUCCGGUCUGACUGCUCCAACCUGGACGCGAUCAAAGACGAGCAGCCCCUCCGCUUCCCCCUGCAGAACUACUGGGAGUGCGCUGCUGUGCAGGCCCUCGACAGAAACGAGUCUGCGGUCAGAUCUAAGUAUAACUUUUCGACCCACCGAUUGACAAGUGUGGACGCGCGGGGAAACAUGGGAUCCAUACUCAAGAUCAUGACUUCGGGCCCCCAUACUUCGGAGCCAGUGACUAAAGCUAAUUUGCUUGGUGCCAGGGACUCCAUGGAAAUAACAUCCACGACCAGACUUAAAGAGAAAAUUGGGAAAUCAAACCCGAGUAUAGAUAAAGUCGGUCUAGGACAACGAAAGUAUGAUGGCGUCGACAAAGGGUUGAAAUCUGAAGUGCUGAGGAAAAAAUCGGAGUGCCAAGAAACGAUGGCUAAAAUCCCGAAAGCUCCCGAAAGCAAAGCGGAAGAUGACGAUGACGACUCCGGCUCACAUUCACUGCUGGGAAGUGUCAACGACAGUCUGCACGUAAUGGCGACGCACAAACCUGACCAAGACCACAAGAUCCACUAUGAGAAGGUGUGCCCUAUGGACAAAUGCAAACGGAUGCAAAUGGAUUCGUUCACGAGUUCAUUGCCCCCGUACAUGCGCGCCAAUCCCUUCAUGCACUUCGAGCAGACCUUCGAGGACUACGAGACUUGUACUCCAGAUCAACUGGUGAUGCUAAAACAACGUAUGGAGCUGAAGAAGAAGAAGCACAAAAGCCAGGCGGCGAUGGUGGUGGAAGAGCCGUCCAUAUUGGAGGAAUGGGGCCCGGAGAUCGAGGGCGUCAGCUGCCAGACCUCGGAGAUCAAGUUGUUCCUACCGCCGUGCACGUGCGAGCUACCCAUGUCUUCAGACACCACUUUAUCUGGCGGAGGCGUAUUUAGAAUCGAAGACCUUCUCCCCAUCAAGAAGGCUUUAGACGACAUCCAGCAGAAAUGUUUCUUCGAUGAUGAGAUCGAGUUCAAUCGAUUUGCAGUUGUUGGACAUGACAGUGAUGCGUCAAUACCAGCUACACAGGAGGCUUUUGAUAAGAAGCGGGUAACGGAGAUUCACAGAAUUUUGAAGAAACACCCCAGCCUUUGCGACCUAUUCCAAGCGAACACAAGCUAAACAACAAUUCAACUUUUUGUAAACUUUAUUUUUAAAUCAAACGUAACAAACUAAAACCUAUUAAAAAUAUUGAAUAUUA